UUGGCAACUUCAAGCACUAGCUAUUUUUGGGUUUUGCCAUAUUUUGUGUUGUUUAAGUUUUAAAAACCUAGAGCCUACCAAGCUAAUUGGAUUACAAAAACUAUCCCUUUAAAAAAGCUUUACAUAGUGAGAAAAUAACAAUGGAGAUAACUAAGCUAAGGCUUGUUUUUCUCUUUUCUUUUUUUACCACAAUUCCAAGGCUAUGGGCAAAUAUUGUUGAAUUUGAUGACUUUUGGAAGCAACGUGAAGAAGAAGCUUGGAAGAUUGCCCUAGCAUCUUAUGAACCGAACCCAGAAAAUGUUACUAAUCACCUGAACUACAAAGUUAACAAGGCUCUUAAUAAAAGAAGUUCUAACAAAAUCAUUGAAUUUAAGGGUGUUAUUACUAAUGACACAAUAAGAUACUUGAGGGGUAAACACAAGAAGUACACUGGUCCAUGUAUGGCGACUAAUCCGAUUGAUAGGUGUUGGCGAUGUAGAGAGAACUGGGCUGAGAAUCGCAAAAGAUUGGCGCUAUGUGGGCUUGGUUUUGGUCGUAAAGCUACUGGUGGAGAUGAAGGAGAUUACUAUUUAGUGACAGAUAAUUCUGAUGAUGAUGUUUUAGAACCUAAACCAGGAACUUUACGUCAUGCUGUGAUCCAGAAUAAGCCGUUGUGGAUCAUUUUUGCUAAGGAUAUGCACAUCAAAUUAUCAAAGGAGCUAAUUGUUCAAAGCAAUAAGACCAUUGAUGGCCGUGGAGCAAAUGUUCAUAUAGCACAUGGAUGUGGAAUUACACUUCAAUUUGUGCACAAUGUCAUCAUUCAUAACAUUCAUAUUCAUCAUGUUAUUGAAAGUCAAGGUGGCCUAAUUAGGGACUCUGAAGAUCACUACGGUUAUCGAACAAUCGGUGAUGGAGAUGGGAUUUCUAUCUUUGGAUCAUCAAAUAUUUGGCUUGAUCAUAUUUCCAUGUCUGAGUGCCAAGAUGGACUUAUUGAUGUAAUACAAGGUUCCACUGCCAUCACCAUUUCAAAUUGCCAUUUCACACAUCAUGAUCAUGUGAUCUUGUUAGGAGCAAGUGACACUUAUUCUAAUGAUCAAUACAUGCAAGUCACAAUUGCGUUCAACCAUUUUGGAAAAGAAUUGAUACAAAGAAUGCCUAGAUGUCGAUGGGGAUUCUUUCAUGUUGUUAACAAUGACUACACUCAUUGGAAAAUGUAUGCCAUUGGUGGUAGCACGCAUCCUACUAUUAUUAGCGAAGGUAACAGGUAUAUUGCCCCAGAUGACCCCAAUACCAAAGAGAUAACUAAUAGGAACUAUGCACCAGAAUCAGAAUGGAAGAAUUGGGUAUGGAGAUCAGAAGGAGACUUGUACAUGAAUGGAGCCUUCUUCAGAACUUCUGGGCCACCCUCACCUCCUAAUUUGAACUUUAGCGAGAAAGAUGUGAUCAAAGCCAAGCCUGCAACAUUUGUUAGAAGACUCACACGUUUUGCAGGGACUCUUGAUUGCAAGGAAUAUGUCAAGUGCUAGAAAUAACUCUCAAUCUAGCCAAAAUCUAAAAUAAUAAUAAUAAUAAUUUUCCUUGACAUAAAAGAAAAAGAACAUAUCAUGAGGAAAAUGUUAAUAUAGAACUAGCUAACAUAAUACAUAUAAAUGAACGCAAUGUAUUUUUUUAUUUUUUUAUUUUUUGAACCUCAGAUUAUUUUAUUUUUAAAUUUUAAAAAAUGCAUUAAACAU